CUCUAUAGGGUGGCGUGUGAAUAUUUCAUUGCUUGAAAAUGUGUACCAGAGAUUUAUGAUUCAGACAGUUGUAUAUAUAAUGAAAACAUUUAUUUUCAUCGAUACAGAUUGGGAAAGUGUUGUUGGAAAAAAAAAUUGACCUCAUCCUCUUUUACAGCCGCCACCAGCAGAGAACGUCUUACAUGUAUAUUUUACUAAUAAUACCAAGGAUACGUUAUUUUUUAAUUAUAAGUAAUCAUAGGAAUACCAAAGGAGGGUCUUCAUCCGACCUCUUGCACGCCGCACACACUAUAGAGACGACGUACCCGAAGCACUUACGCAAGAUAUCAGCAACAAGCAGAAUGAAAAUUGUAGAAGACGGACAGCGCUUGCAGAACCAGCAUAAAGCCGCAGCCAGCAGCUACAAGUCACCCUGCCACUGGGUUCGCUGCAGCGGAAAGCACAUACCGCACAACGCCGUGGCCGGAGGCGAGGAAAAAGGCGGCAAGUUCAAAUUGUUCGUGGCUCGCGCCGUGCACAAGGGCGAAGUGCUGCCGGGAAAAGUGGUCCCUUCCCUAGGUACCUGUUACGUGUCUUACGAUGGUGUCGAGACGAAGUACAGCGACUACCAGGCACUCGUCUCCGACAGUGACUCCCUGACUUGGUUGCCGGGAUCUGGUGGCGGGGUGCCCGGUGGAGCCAUCCAGGGUGGCACUACGUCCAAAGGCGAGCCGCUCUACAUCGGCCGCGUCCGUAUCGAAGACGGCCUGGUCAUUGGGAAGGUGCACCCUUCGCAUGGAUGCGCGUAUAUUCCCUACUACCAGAAAGAGUACAAGUACACCGACUACGAGGUCCUUGUCUGCAAGACGGUCAACUUCUGAGCAGACGUCGUGCAACGCGAGACGGUGGUUCUGCCACCGACGCCAGCUAUACUCACUGUGUACGCUUAUACCGGCAAAGGAUGCGUUGCGAAGGAUCUUUUUUGAGUCGUUUUGAGUUUUUAGUUGAUUGCCGUUGAUGAUGAUGAACCCUGCUGAAAAAAAAAAAAAAACCGUAUUACCCAUAACUCCUAUAUCCAGUAACAUCAUAUGACCUAUAGGAAAAACUUUUUUAUGGGAUCCUAUGUUUCAUAUCGGAUUAGUUGAUAUGGAAGUUAUGGGACAUAUUGAUAUUUCAAUUGGGAAAUUAUGGAAAGCUUGCUUUUGUGCAGCGCCGUGCGAGUUCUUGCAAGAGUUGAAACGAAAUUUUGGAGUGAGCAGGACAUCAAAAUGCCGAAGAAGCUGAGCUUUUCAAACCAGGAAUAAACAGAACAAUGGAUUGCUCUAUACUUAGAAGUUUGUAGCUUUUUUUUUUUUUUCUUUACGUCUAGUUGGGCGGCUGUGAACCAAUCGAAAUAUUCUGUUGGCCAUAAUUUAUCAAUAAAGAAAAAUCCCAACAGUUCAGUAAACGCACAAUGCAUCAUUUUUCUGUUGUGGCUGGAAUGGUAACCGUGCGCACAAAAAGACGCCGGGCACUCAUGCCGCCUAGCGUCUGUCACGUGACAAAAGUGAAUAGCGUAGAGUGUGCACACCAAGAAAACGUCGCAAGGAUCGGGCACAUAUAUUACAAGUAAAGAAAAAAAAAUGCCGUUCAUUAAGUCAUAGGCUGGAUACGUCGCAAGAAAGGAAGAAAAGCAUAACAAUAUUGCUGCUUUCCAGGAGGAAUAAAAUGAAACAGACCGUGACACUUGUAUAAGCGCUGUGGUAUAACGGCAUAAAGUUAUAGAGCACGCAAAACGCCAAUUUACUGAGCAAUAAAUUAU